AAAUUAGUCCCUAUAGCAUUAUUAGAUUAUUGUGGAAAUCGGUGGAACGUGUAAAACAUGGGAGAUUUCAUAUUUUGAAGCCAACACUUGUACAAGCAACGAAUUUUUUCCAUCAAAAGAAAAACAAAAAUCAAGAAAAGUUCAGCUAGUCAAAUUGAUAUCAUCUCCACCCGCAAAUCCAGCUAGAAACUCUUCCUCCAAUGUCUCUUAAACUACCGGCUUCCAUUACCACUUCCUCGGUUUUCCACCAAAACUAUGUUUCAAAUCAAACUCAGAUCAACAAAGUCAACCCGUUCCCUUCAACAACCAAAGGAAAUCACAUAAUCUUAGUGCAUAAUCCAUCCAAUCAAAUCAACACAGCAAAGACGGGAGAAGAAGAAUAUGAUCACUGUAAUAACAUUAAGAAGAGAAAUCUCCUCCUUGGUUUGGGUACUCUAUUCAGCACAGCUACAGUAUUCACCAAUCAAAACUUAAUUUCCAUUGCAGCUCUUCAACAUAAAAUGAUUUCAGGAUUAAAACCAUUAAUCCUUGAGAAGAAAACAGUACAGGUAUUAGUUCAAAGACCCAAAAAAUUGAGAUCCAAAUCCAAGAAAGGGAAUUCUACAACUGAAGUCUUGGUUGUGGACGGAAUUGAGAUUCACCAUGAUGGACCUGUCAAGUUUGAUGUUUAUGUAGCCAAAGCUCAUAAUGGUGUUAUAAGUUCUGGUUUGGGCGAAUUUGCUGGGAGUUUAGUGAAUAUGCCAUUUUCUCGGAUUGGAAAAGAUGGAAUUCAGGUGCAGGGUAAAGGAAGUCUGGAAUUGGGUAUUGGUGGAUUAGUUAGAGAUAUUGAUGCUCAAGAUUGUGAUGAAAUUGCUGUUAGUUUAGUUCCUAAACUUGGAGAAAUAAAGAUUGACAGCAUUCGUAUUGAGGGCUGGAAUUCUGCAAGGGACGUGGACCAUAUCGGAGCUCUUCAACCCUUGAAACCACAUCGCACAGCCACCUUUGCGUCACUCUUGAACCCAGCUGAGAUGCAUCUUAUAAGCUAACAGUAGCUUAUAUCAAUGUAACUUAAGAUUUCUCCUCAGAGUUUCUUGUUGAAAUAAACAAAUUGAUAAACCAAAGUUUCUUCAGUGCAAAAACGUGAUGCAUAUUGCAUCGUGCACAGCAAUGUGCCAUAUAGGCAUUCCCAUAAUAACCUAAUUUCGUUCUACCAGUUUAAGACUAAUGCUAUCUUUCUGAAGAUCCAGCGAUAAUGACAAAGGACCAAGAACAACGAAACAGUUAGGUUUACAGAAUAACAAACUGUAGCAGCAGCAGUACUAGUUACAUCAUAGCAAAAAGAAUCACUCCAAUAUAAAGAAUAGAUCACAACAACAAACUGUUUGUUACAAACUUAUGAUGACUUUAAAUUACAUACAAACUGAGGUUUUGAAACUACAUACAAACUAAGUUUGAAAGACAUAAAGAUGUCAGGGGGUUCAAAGUGUACAGGCAACCUUCCUAGGUAGCAAUUGUUGAACUGGCAAAGUGGCAAUAUAUUCUACAAUCUGGAAUGGCGACAAGACGUCUAGACCUUAUGAAAAAAAAA